AUGGUGGCGGAGGCUGAGGAGGAGGAGGAGGGUGGCCGGGAGGAGGACCGCACGCUGUGGAGCGAGGUGGAGCUGGAGGAGGGAUGCUCUCACCAGGUGCAGGACAACCACCACCUGGUUACCCACGGCAACGGUCCUCAGAGCCGGGCCGAGGCGUCCCUGCCCACCUGUCUGCGGCUCAGACGCGCCGAGUUCUCCGGCGAGGUGCUGGGGGUGGUGAGUAGGCAGCAUAUUGCCGUGGGAACGCGCUUCGGGCCUCUAGUGGGUGUGGCCUAUGGAGUGAACGACGUACCGGCAAACGCCAACAGGAAAUACUUCUGGAGGGUGUUUUCCGAGGGCCGCCUCCUCCACUUCCUGGACGGGGCGGACGAGGGCCGGAGCAACUGGAUGCGCUACGUGAACCCUGCGCGAUGCCCUGCGGACCAGAACCUGGCCGCGGCCCAGGCGGGGGCAGGGGGCAUCUUCUUCUACACCGUGCGGCCCGUGGCACCAAACGAGGAGCUGCUGGUGUGGUACUGCCCGGAGUUCGCCAGCCGCCUGCUGGGCUCGCUGGCACAGACGCAGAUGAGGCUCAACAGUGGCACCCAUGAGCCAGCGCCACUCCUGUCCCUUUCCUCCGAGCCAGCGGAGGGCGCCACUGUGCCCAUGCUGUCCAAGAGCCCUGUAAAGCGUGGCCACAGCGUGCUGGAUAUCCUGAAGAAGGAGGAACCCCGUCGUUCACCAAGCGACAAAACGUCCUCACAAGCAAUCUGCCCAAGACCUGCCCAAGUCAGUGCUGAUAGCCAAGGAGAUACAGCUUACCCCAUGGCCUUGGUGGCUAAUGGUGGAACCCGUUCGGAACACAACAGGUCGGAAUGGAUCGUGGGUUCUUCUUCAGGUGCACUGAGAGAAGUACUAUCGGAAUCCUCCAGACCCCACUCCAAUACCAGCCUCAGACCAGCCAUGUAUCCGGAAUAUUCCGUGCCAUAUUCGGUUCCAUUGCACAUGUACUCCGCACCUCAGUUCUACUGCCCGUCUGGCCUCCCUCCACCAAUCGGACUGGAUAGGACACCUAGUCCGUUCAGUAGGCCUAACCCCUAUUUGCUGAGUCUGCCCGGCAACAGGGCGAGCACUGUUUUGAUUGGUCCUCCUGAAGCACACAGGAGGAGGAGGAGCCUUCCCGCUCACAGCUACCUCUACGACUCGACCUCAGUGCCGGCGCCACGUGACCUCAAAGGCCUUCACGUCCCGGUGGGCCUUGCCACCUACCCCAGCACACCUGGCAGCACGUCCUACAAUGGCUUCUCCCCAGCCACCCACUUCCACAGCCCAUCUCUGGGCACCACCACCUCCACCACCACCAGCCUUUGGGGCACCUCCGCGCCAGACCAGCCCAGGGAUACGUCACCGCUGCAGGGCAUGGCUGUGUCCUCGGGACCCCCUCCCCCUGUGCCCUCCAAGCCCACCUCUGCUCAGCUAGAAGCCAAACAACAGGCGGCGCUACAGAGGGCCCCCAGCGGUGACACGGUGACCUACAGGACGCUGGCCUACCCGCUCACGAGGCAGAACGGGAAGAUCCGCUACGACUGCAACGUCUGCGGCAAGAUUUUUGGGCAGUUGUCCAACUUGAAGGUGCACCUGCGCGUCCACAGUGGGGAGCGUCCCUUCAGGUGCCAGACGUGCCGCAAGACCUUCACCCAGCUGGCUCACCUGCAGAAGCACCGGCUGGUGCACACCGGGGAGAAGCCCCACCACUGUGAGGUGUGCCACAAGCGUUUCAGCAGCACCAGUAACCUGAAGACGCACCAGCGGUUGCACUCGGGUGAGAAGCCUUAUCGGUGCCGCACGUGCCCGGCGCGCUUCACACAGUUCAUCCACCUCAAGCUCCACCGGCGUCUCCAUAGCAGCAGCAGCAGUAGGGGGGCACAGGGCACCGUGGUGGGAGGAGCAGCAGGCGUGGCGGCGGACGGCCUCGGGUUGGGGUUCAGGUGGGAUGGGCCCCCUUACGUCUGCCCGUCCUGCCCCAGCUCCUACCUCCACCUCUGCAGCCUGCAGAUCCACCUGCAGGGCUUCUGCCCCGCCAUGCAGCCUCCGGACACAAGGGGGCAGGCGUGCGUGCAGGAGCAGCUGGCGCGCGUCGGCGCGGAGCUGGAGAGGUUUGACCUGAGCGAGGCUGCGGAGAGGUUGGAGAGGAAGGCUGACGCGGAGGAGAGUGAGAGGAGUGUCCUUAUGAGUGUUUUUUGGAGGGAGGUGGAGGCGCAUACGGCGUUAACCUCUACCGUCCAGCAGGGCGGCGGAAGAGGAACAGUGCUGGUGAGGCACUGCAGAGGAGACGGGGAAGAAGCAGAGGGUCUGCGACACAACACUCAUCUACCUCCAUUCAAUGUGCACAUCAAACAGGAACUGGAACUGUAGUGUAGUGAACUGUAGACACUCACAAUUGGCUGCUACAAACCCUAGCCUGGGCGAAAGCGAAUGUUGACUCCGUCAAACAGUCUGGCAAAAGCCAAGAGGAAUCCGUCUCCGUGGAGGGUGAGAUGGUCUGAUCUUACUCUGCCAUUUACAUUCAUUUGAGUUCCGAAUUC